UUGUUAUUGUAAUACCAUAAUGGCAUAUAGUUAUAUCAUUUUAAAAUCAUAUUUCCCCUACACACACAGCUACAGAACAGAUGCUUUUUCUCAAAAAAAGCACAUACUAUUGACCAGAGGGUGGCGCUAAUGUCGCUUCUUCGGCAAGGUCCAAAGAAAGGACCAGUAGAAGAAGAAGAGAAAGAGAAAACGUUUCCAAACAGACAUGUCGAACAGAGACGAGUUGGUGGACUGUAGUGAUAAUUCUAAAGGCAAUGGGUCACCAAUAUCAGCGGAAGAUGAAAAAACGGAUAAACGUGGAGCCGAGGAAACCCAGGACCUGAAAAGCGUUCUGGUCACCAGCGUUUUAAACCUGGAGGAGCUGGACGUCGACCUGUACAGAGGGACACAUCACUGGGUUCCCCGAUCUCAGCGUUUGUAUGGUGGUCAAAUAGUCGGUCAGGCCCUCGUGGCGGCGGCCAAGUCUGUUGGCGACAACCUCUUUGCUCAUUCUCUCCACUGCUACUUUGUACGAGCAGGGGAUCCUAAGAUUCCAGUGCUGUACCAGGUGGACCACAUUAGAGAUGGCCAGAGUUUCAUGGUGCGUUCUGUGAGGGCCAUCCAGCAUGGACAGCCUAUACUGAUUUGCCAAGCGUCCUUCCAUAAGCUCCAGCCAAGCCCCCUGCAGCACCAGUUCACUAUGCCUGUGGUCCCUCCGCCUGAAGGCCUCCUCACUGUGGACCAGCUCAUUCAACUUUAUCUCACUAACCAACCAAACGUGCCAGAGAAAUUAAGACAAUACCUUCACAAACGCUUGGCUAAUGAGGUUCCCAUCGAGAUAAAGCCAAUCCAGCCACAACUUUUGUUCAAGCCACCUGCCGCUGAGCCGAGGAAGCUGUUCUGGGUGCGAGCACAAGGACAUAUUGGGGAAGGCAACAUGAAGCUGCAUUGCUGCGUUGCUGCUUACGUGUCAGAUUACACGUUCCUGGAAACAGCACUGCUGCCCUGUACAAACUACAGGGCCAAGUUCUUGGCCUCUCUGGACCACUCCAUGUGGUUCCACACCACAUUCCGCAGCGACGAGUGGAUGUUGUAUGAGUGUGACAGCCCAUGGGCCGCAAACAGUAGGGGACUGGUUCAAGGACGAAUGUGGAGAAGAGAUGGGGUCCUGGCGGUCUCAUGUGCCCAGGAGGGUGUCUUCAGGGUGCAACCCAUCACAGAGACCAGUAGACUAUAAGCACAUUCCUAAGAUCUUUUUAAAAGUCUUAUUUAUUUUUUAAUCUAUUUGUAAUUUAAGUUCAGAAAUAUAAUUACUCUCAUGCCAUAGUGUCGAUAUAAUUAAAAUAUUCCAAUCAGUGCAUCUUGUUCUUGGUCAGAGAAGUCCCUCACUUUAUUAGGUACACAGUUCAAGUGCUUGUUCACAAAAAUAUCUAAUCAGCCAAUCAUGUAGGCCUUUAGACAUGUUCGAGACAAGCUGCUGAAGUUCAAUGGCAUGGUUGUUUUUUUCAUGCACAGUCAUCUCUAUAGAGUUUACAGAGAAUGCUCUGAAAAAGAGAAACUAUCCAGUGAGCAGCAGUUUACUGGGAGAAAGUUCAAAGGAGAAUGACCAGACUGGUUUGAAAUAAUAGAAAAGCAACAGUAACUCAAAUGACCACGCAACCAGGGUAUGAAGAAGACCAAAGAAGACCAUUUCUGACAAACCUUGAAGCAGGUGAGCCACAGAAGCAGAGGACCUAUGUGCUGCCAGAGCCACUGCUCAUAUUUGAAACUCAAAAUAGUCUCCUGCAAAGGUGAUUUAAGUUAGGGCAAAUACUGAAGGAGUCACUAUAUUGUAAUACAUUUAAAGAACAAAAUAUUUCAGCUCAAUGAAGGACGAUCACAAUCUUUUAAUGAAUUGACAGGGGCAAAGUGGGGAAAAUAUGACAAAAUAUAAGAAAGACUGGGUGACAGAACAGUGAGAGACGGGGCUGUUUGUGUGUGUAUUUGUGCUACAGAGGCACAAAGCUAAUGGCAAGGCAAGAAAGGAAGAGGAUGCGUUUUUGUUUUCAUGCUUUCAUCUCUUUGAACAGUGGGCAUUUUGACAUGCAAUAUUCUUACACUUCUUAUCCGUGCAAUAUACACACCCCACAUACAUCCACUCUGCUGUACAAUAAACAAUGUACUGUAUCAUAUACUGCAUAUUUCCCUUACUGGCUCCCACUGUAAAUACUUUGAAUACUUUUUUUUUUACUACAUAUCCUUCUAAAUUUGUCGAAGGUGUUGGUGCACUGUUUUGUUGUUUCUUCUACUCUUAUCUCUUCACUUGCAUUACUAGAGCUGUCCUUUUAUCUUGUUGUACACUGUAUAAUGACAAUAAAGGUGAUUCUGAUUCUGA